UCGUAUUUAUUUUUUCAAAUAAGGGGAGGCAUACGGAACGCAUUUAAAAAAAACAGCGUGACAUGUCGAUGUUGGUCGUCAAGGAUCCACAUCACCUCACCACCCCAUCUCAAAUGGACCCACUCUUCUUAUAUUUAUGGAAAUCCACGCGUCAUCAAUUUCUUCCCUUUCAACCUUCUUCUUCUUUCACCAUCUUCUCUCUCAUCUUGUCCUUUAAACUUUUAUUUUCUCCCUAUAUUCGAAAAAACAAACUUAUUACUACGAGUAGGAUUUUUUUUAUUAUCAUUUUUACAUCAAAAUAAAUCAAAUAAAAAUGAUUAGAAUGUUCAAAUAAUUUCUGCCAUUGCUUGUUCUUCUCAACAUUCCUCAUUCAAUAAAAGUAUAAAACCCCACUUCAUUUUUCCAUUUUUUGUCGUUGCUGUAAAGUUCAACUCAACUUCCUCCCCACUAAACUCUCUUCUUCUUCUUCUUCCCUUUUUUUUUUGGAAAAAAAAAUUAAAUAAAAAUGAAAAUAUACUUUACGUUUGGAAGGGGGACCCCGAGUUGACUCAGUAGUGUGAUGUUUGUUGGCUCAGACAUUAAAGGAAGUAUUAAUAAAUAGCAUCUUUGUUUAAUUUUGUAAUUAAAUUCCAAAAAUACAUUCCAAAUUCAUUCGUAUUGAUUUGGGGUUUUGGUAGUUUUUUUUUUUCUUCAAAUGUGGGUCUUUUUUUGGUUGGUUGAAUAAUACUUGAUGUUUUGGUGUUAGAGAGAGAGAGAGAAAAUAAGGGUUGAUUUUUGGGUUUUUGUGUUGAAGAAUGGCUGAAUUUCAACGUGAAGGCAGUGAUUGGUACUUUCUCUUUUCUCUUUCUUCAUUUUGUUUUUGUUUUGGUUCAUUCAAUUUGGUUUCUUUUCCCUUAUAAUUUGUUGGAUUAAGUUUUGGUUAUUUUUGGGUUGAAAUGAUGGGUUUAACUUUGGAAGUUUAGGAUUUAGCUUGAAAUAUCUGUAUUGGAUACUUGUAAUUGAUACGAGUAUCAAAUUUAUUACCGCAUACUAAACGGGUCGAUAUUUAAUUACUGGUAGUAUAUACUUUGUAUUUAAGCCAUGUUAUUUUUUGGAAUCAUGGUAUUGAAGUUUUAAGAUUGUCUGAAUUGGUGUUUGCGUGAUUAAGAAAAUAUGAUUACAAUGUUUUUUUUUUUUUUUGGGUGGCGUAAAUAUUGGAUAUUUUAGGUGUAUAUUAGUCAUUUAUAUUUAAUGUGUGAUUUUGUAAUGUUUUUUCAUGAUUAUGACAGGUUCUGCAAUGCAGGUUUGCCAAGCGAUAUUACUGUCUUUGUGGAAGGAGUAAAUUUUCAUUUGCACAAGUUUCCUCUUGUAUCAAGAUGUGGGAAAUUGGAUAAAGAAUUUGAAGCAUCACAAGAUAUAAACAAAGAAUCAUCCACCAUGUUACUGGAAGGAUUCCCGGGGGGGCCCGAUACUUUUCUCAUAGCUGCUAAAUUCUGCUAUGGACUUCGUAUUGAUUUGACUCCAAGGAAUAUUAUGAUAAUCUAUUGCGCUGCAGACUAUCUAGAGAUGACAGAUCAAUAUGGCUCGGAUAAUUUGUUGUCUUGGAGUGACAGCUUUUUCCAUAAGAACAUACUUCGUAAUUGGAAGGACUGUAUUGUCACCCUUCAGAGUGCUGAACCUGUUAUACCAUUGGCAGAGAAGCUUCAGCUAAUUGACAAAUGCUUGAAUGCUGUAUCCACAAUGGUUUGCACAGAUCCAAGUUUGUUUGGAUGGCCUAUGAUGAUGUAUGGUAGCCUACAAAGCCCGGGUGGGAGCAUACUGUGGAACGGAAUUAACACUGGAGCAAGAAUUAGAAGUGCAGAGUCUGAUUGGUGGUACGAAGAUAUAUCAUAUCUUUGCAUUGAUCUAUUUGAAAAACUUAUUAAGACAAUGCAAGCGAGAGGUAUACGACCUGAAAAUAUUGCGGGUGCUAUAAUGUACUAUACUAGGAAAUUCCUACCAGGCCUUGGAAGAUGGCAGGGUGGGCAUGUUGGUAAAACAAGAACAGUUGCAAGUUUUAGCUUGACUCCUGUAACUGUUGAUCAGAAGGUUCUGUUGGAAACUAUAGCAAAGUUACUCCCAGAAAAGAAGAGCAAAUCUUAUUGUCGCUUCUUACUAGGAAUUCUUCGUACCGCUUUGAUUUUGGAUGUUAGUGAAGAAUGCAAGGACUAUUUGGAGAAAAGAGUUGGAAUGCAACUUGAUCUAGCAACAUUAGAUGGUCUACUGAUUCCUACUUACUCAGACUCUGAUACCUUGUACGACACAGAUUGUGUUCAGAGGAUUAUCCAGCAUUUUGUAUCAACAGAGCCAAAAGUUCCAGCCUUUUCCCCUUGCUCACCAGAUAUAGAAACAUCACUGUCAUCAGAAUCAUUAAGGAAAGUAGCAAAGUUGGUGGAUGGCUAUGUUGCAGAGGUUGCUUCUGAUGUGAACUUAAAACCAGACAAGAUACGUGCCCUUGUGGAGGCUCUUCCAGAAGAUUGUCGACCUUUCCAUGAUGGCCUAUACAGAGCUCUUGACAUAUAUUUCAAGGAUCAUCCUUGGCUUUCUGACAAAGAGAAAGAACAACUUUGCAACAUGAUUGACUACCAAAGACUCUCCAUUGAUGCGUGCACUCAUGCAUCUCAAAAUGAAAGACUUCCCCUUAGGGUUGUUCUUCAGGUCCUUUUCUUUGAGCAGAUGCAUCUACGAACUGCUAUUGCUGGUUGUCUCCAUGUUGACGACCCUGAAAAUGGCCCAACCAAUCUUGAUACUGCCCAAAAUGCAUUGGUGGGCCAGAUAAUUCAGAGAGAUGGGUGGGUUUCUGUUGUGCGUGAAAACCAUGGUCUUAAAGGAGAUAUGGACAGGAUGAGAUGUAGGGUUCAGGAGCUGGAAGAGGAAUUCAGUAAAAUAAAGCAGAAGAUGAGAAAAGUGAGUAAAUCACAUAGUUCACUUAGCUCUCCCCGCUUAGUUGCUUGGAGAAUUGGUUGCAAGCUACUCCCUCGAUCUUCAAAUGCUCAAAGAGAUGUGGUUGAAGUUGCUGAACCCAGUCCAAGGGCAUCAGUUGACCAACCUAACACUUCCCGAUCUUUGAGGCAUCGUAAAAGUCUCUCUUUGUUUCAGUGAAAACUAAUAGAGGCAUUACUGGUUGACAAAGUCAGGUGGAAAGAUUAUAUUAACAAGAACAUUUGGAAUUCUUAUGGAGGAAAGCUUGGUUUAUCGGUGAUGACUCAAGUAUGGGAAACAUAAGAUUUUUUGCCUAUUUCAAUCAAACUACAGUUCUCAUGCAAAAGAUGCAUUGUGGGAAUGCCAAAGCUUUGUGCUUGCUUCUAAAGAGGACUGGAUCAAAAAUGGAGGUUUUUUGUUUUGUGGCUGGCUUUUGGGUUUGGAUUUGAGCGGAAUUAUUGGCGUCGUAAGCCUUCAAUUCCACUUAAUUCCAUUUCCAGCAGGAAUGAAGUUAUAUUCGAAUAUGACCUGUUGCGUGAAUUUUUGAAGGUGUUGAAAUGUGACUUGGGAGGUUUUUGGUUUUACAUAGGAGCUCAUGAACUAAAGCAUUUUGAAAAACAGAUACACAUUUUUUCGUUGGUGUGAUUCAUGUGAAUAUAUGCUCUCAUGUACAGAACAAUAGCACAUAGGUAUUUUACUUGUUCAUGAGAUAAUAAGUUCUAUAGGAAA